UGUAUUGGUCUUUGUUUGAUAUGUUGGUCUUUGUUAAAAUUCUUUGGUUUGUCUUGGUCAUGUCUGCACCCCAUUCUCCCUGUCUUACUAAAACAACGUCUACGUGUCAAUCUUGGCGAUGAUCGAUAUCAGAAAUGGAGCACAACAACAUCUGACACAUUUACUGAAAUCAAGCCUGACUGGGUUCAUGUAAAGUCAAUAAAGAGAACUCUCAGCUCCAUUCCUCAAGGAGACACAGAUGAAAGGCGUAACCAAGAGAGGAUGGUCACCACUAAUCACUUCUUCUUCUCCUCAGAGAAAAACAACAAGCAGUUCCCAGUUCAUGUGGAUGGAGCAAGCAUUAGGACUAAGAGUAACGUGCAGAUUGGGGAGCACAGUUUGGGUGGAAUGUUGUACAGCACAACAAACCAGGAGAACUAUCUUCCCAAACCGUUAGCUCCAGCCCAGCCACAGCGUUACCCCCCAGGCCGAGUCCUGGCAGAUCAAGAGUCUGGUCCAGCUUUUAGCACUGUGCAAAGCGACUUUACUCCACCAAACUGCACAAGACACGACUUAAGCCCUGAGAAGCUGCACCAGAUAAAAGCCAGUCACAUCAGGCUUCCUCACAGCGAACGCUGCUUCAGAACAACCCACAAAGAAGCUUUUGAGCCCAAGCCCUUCUCCAAAGCGUCUUUGGACAACUGUCCCAGACAGCAUAUCAGCCACAUUGCGUUCUGACCAGACAAGCAUGCUAAGUGAUGCUUACUGCAGUACAAAAUGGCUUUUCACAAUGUCUUAUGGAGCGCAUGUUAAAAAGAAUGUUAUGUGAACUCUCUCCUAGUGUUAACUUCAUUGACACACACUGCAUACUUUUAUAGUUAUAACUAGUGCUGGACAAUGUAUAGAAAUCCAAGGCCAGUUGAUGUUUAAAAGAGAGAUUUAGUGAAGUGUGCUUUGAUUUGUUUCAUUUAUUUGCAUGAUAUUGUCUUGGAUAUUAUGGUAAAUUGAUUUUUACUUUACAGCACUUUUCCAGAGUGUAAUGGAGUAAAAAUUGGCAUGUUUUGCUGUGAAAUGUACUGGAAUAAGUAAAAGUCUCAUACAAUCUAAAUACUGUAAUAAUGCAUAGAUGUACUUAAGUACAGUAAUGAAGCACAUGCACUUUGUUCCAGCAUGUACUAGCAAAUGUCUUAUCAGAACAAGACAACUGUUUGUGGCGUGCUGUGAAAAUGCCACUUGUCCUACAUGAAGUUUAUGCGGGAAAGAUAAGACUUAAAUGAUAAGAGCAAUUGUGCCAGUAACAACAGUCAACAGGAACUCUAUCACUUAUAAUAUAGGUUUAUGAGAUACAUUCCUAGACUAACGUAUUCCAUAUAGACUAGGCAAGUUAAGGUAUGCUGACAUGCUACGUGCUAAAUCCCACAGCCGAGUGUUAAAACUUUACUUGGUUAAACCUGUAGCUUCACAGCAGGCACCUCUGUGCAGUGACCGGAAAACAUUUUGAUGUUGAUCCACUGCAGCUCUUCUGGCAGUGUUACAGUGCUAUUAAAGCCCUCACUCUUUUUC